UGCCUGCAGUAGCUCUGUCUUUACCAUCAUCGCGAACAACUUCAGGCAGCACGGACGGAGCAGACGCCAGCCUGGAUGGAGGACCACCCGGUUACUUGAUUUCUUCAAUACUGGUUACACGCGGCAUGAUCGGCUUUUGGGGAUGUAGUUGUUUGUUUUUUGCGGAAAAGGGGACUCACGCGGAGAGUGCUCUUCCAGCGAUGUAAUUAGGAUAUGUUGCAUGCACAGUCAGCGUGAUUUGCUAUGGUGAUACUACAAGCUAAGUCCAAGCUAGCCGAGGGAUUGUUUUGGGAGAUAACGAUUUAAAAAUCUCAUACACAUGAAUUAGGCACCUUUUUGGAGAAUUUUCAUCAAGCUGGAACACAAAGGGGGAUGUCUAACCAAGGAGUUAGGAGAAAUGGCCCAGUGAAGCUGCGGUUGACAGUCCUGUGUGCAAAGAAUCUGGCAAAGAAAGACUUCUUUCGGUUGCCAGACCCCUUUGCAAAAGUGGUGGUAGACGGUUCAGGACAAUGCCACUCUACAGAUACUGUGAGAAACACGCUGGACCCAAAGUGGAAUCAACAUUAUGAUCUAUACAUUGGAAAGGCAGACUCCAUUACUAUCAGUGUAUGGAACCACAAGAAGAUUCACAAAAAACAGGGCGCAGGUUUCCUCGGCUGUGUCCGCCUCCUGUCUAACGCCAUCAACCGACUCAAAGACACAGGCUAUCAGAGACUGGACCUGAAUAAGCUGGGCCCUAAUGACAAUGAUACUGUGAGAGGACAGAUAGUAGUAAGUCUUCAGUCCAGAGAUCGCAUCGGGACCGGAGGACCUGUGGUGGACUGCAGUCGCCUGUUUGACAAUGACUUACCUGAUGGUUGGGAAGAGAGGAGGACGGCCUCUGGAAGGAUACAGUACCUGAACCACAUCACACGCACCACACAAUGGGAGAGACCCACCAGACCAGCGUCAGAGUACUCCAGCCCUUCAGGACGUCCGCUGAGCUGCGUGGUGGACGAGAACACACCAGUGAUGACACCUGUUAAUGGGGCCGAAGCCAGCGGUCCUCCGGGCGAGCAGCGCAUCCAGGAGAGAAGGGUUCGAUCGCAGCGGCAUCGCAACUACAUGAGUCGAACACACCUGCACACUCCUCCUGACCUGCCUGAGGGAUAUGAGCAAAGAACAACUCAGCAGGGCCAGGUCUACUUCCUCCACACACAGACUGGAGUCAGCACUUGGCAUGAUCCCCGGGUGCCCAGGGACUUAAGCAAUGUAAACUGUGAGGAGCUGGGCCCACUGCCACCAGGCUGGGAGAUCAGAAACACUGCCACUGGCCGGGUGUACUUUGUCGACCACAACAAUCGAACAACACAGUUUACUGACCCCCGACUGUCUGCUAACCUACAUCGAGUGCUCAACAGCCCAAGUCCAAAUGGUUCCCGUGUGGCCAUGGACAGCCAAAACACUAACCUCAGUCAUCCAGUUCCGAUAAAGGACCAGAGUGGUCCUGGGGUCCCACAGCAAGCUCUGUCUCCAGCCCAGUUACCUGAGGAGGCUGAGUGCCUGACGGUGCCAAAAUACAAGAGAGACCUGGUACAGAAGCUGAAGAUUCUGAGACAGGAGCUUUCUCAGCAGCAACCCCAGGCUGGCCAUUGUCGCAUCGAGGUCUGCCGUGAAGAGAUCUUUGAGGAGUCAUACCGGCAGGUGAUGAAGAUGCGUCCAAAAGAUCUUUGGAAGAGACUGAUGAUCAAAUUCAGAGGAGAAGAAGGACUGGACUAUGGUGGGGUAGCAAGGGAGUGGUUGUAUCUGCUGUCCCAUGAAAUGCUGAACCCCUACUACGGCCUGUUCCAGUACUCCAGAGAUGACAUCUACACUCUGCAGAUCAACCCAGACUCUGCUGUCAACCCAGAGCACCUGUCAUACUUUCACUUUGUGGGUCGCAUCAUGGGCAUGGCAGUGUUUCACGGCCACUACAUUGACGGAGGCUUCACUCUGCCCUUCUACAAACAGCUGCUGGGAAAGCCGAUCACGCUAGAUGACAUGGAAUCUGUCGAUCCUGACCUGCACAACAGCCUCGUCUGGAUUCUGGACAAUGAUAUCACUGGUGUCCUGGACCAUACUUUUUGUGUAGAGCAUAACGCCUACGGAGAAAUCAUCCCCCAUGAACUCAAGCCCAAUGGGAAAAGUAUCUCCGUAACAGAAGACACCAAGAAGGAGUAUGUCAGGUUGUAUGUGAACUGGCGUUUCCUCCAUGGCAUCGAGGCUCAGUUUCUGGCUCUGCAGAAAGGCUUUAAUGAAGUUAUUCCACAGCACCUGCUAAAAGCCUUCGAUGAGAAGGAGCUGGAGCUGAUAGUGUGUGGCCUGGGGAAGAUUGAUAUAUCUGACUGGAAGUCCAACACCCGCCUGAAGCACUGCACCCCCGACAGCAACAUUGUGAAGUGGUUUUGGAAAGCUGUGGAGUCAUUUGACGAGGAGAGGAGGGCCCGGCUGCUGCAGUUUGUCACCGGCUCCUCUAGAGUUCCACUGCAAGGUUUCAAGGCUUUACAAGGAGCUGCUGGACCCAGACUCUUCACCAUUCAUCAGAUCGAUGCCAACACCAAUAAUCUGCCCAAAGCCCAUACCUGCUUCAACCGGAUUGACAUUCCACCCUACGAGAGCUACGACAAACUAUAUGACAAGCUACUGACGGCGAUUGAGGAGACGUGUGGCUUCGCAGUGGAAUGAGAGCCAAAGUGGAGCGUGUUUGUGUGUGAACAUGUGGAACUGUGCAGGACUUUGAUGACUAUUAUUGUUGCUGCGACCUGGCGUCAGGCUCACUCAGAGCCCAGAACGUGUGUCCAGCCUACACAAGUCUUCCUCUUCUGUCACCACUGUCCACAUUCUUCCCUUUUGGAUAUCUGUUUGAACAGCUGCUAUAGAAUGAUCCCAUUGUUCUUUUUUAUUAUUCAAUUUGGUUUAGUUCUUCAAAUUAAGAGCUGCUAGCACGCUGGCUUUUUUAUGUCAGAAAAGAAUCUAAUUAGAAAACAUUGUGGUGUCGUGCACGAAACAUGUUCAGUACCUUUAAUGUCCACAUUCUUUAAAAACAAAUCUUCCAGGCAUUUGACAACCACAAGUCAUCAUUUUGUUUUGCAAUUUUUACUAAGUGAUCUAUGUUGUCCUACUGAAUUUUUAACACUGCACGUAGCCAUAUCUUUCCAUUUGAAGCCAUUUUGACCUCAACCAGUAGACCUUCCAGUGGCUGCAGAGUUGGUGUGCUUCAUCUUGUAGGAGCUCUAUGAAUUCAUCCUACCUCAGUGUAAUGCUUUGAUAUUUGAAGAGUUUCAUUCCAAAAUGCUCCGGGUCAUCCUUUGGGAGGGUUACUAGAUGAUUUCAGAUCUGUAGCUUUUACAGCAGAGCUUCAAAAUAGUUUCAUUUUCACACCAGCAGUCGUCAUCAUUUUGUAACUGUGCAGCCCUUAUUUGAAUAGCGAGCAUGUCAUUUUGAAGUGGAACUCAUGGAUGCUGAUGCAAGUGUAGGCCUGUUUGUUUCGCAGCAUUUUAAGGGACAGACUCUGGUGAAGAAGAAGUAACGAAUAGCGUCGAUCCCUUUCCUCCUUGUGUCUGUAGUUGUGUGUGCAAGGAAAGUAGACACAUUGUAGUUGUCCCCGGCCUCCUCCCACAGUGUGUCACUGCAGAGUUGAUGGUUCCUCACUGUUGAAACAUUUUCCUUUCCCACUGUUCACACAUCUGUCUCCGGCAGUAUGCAUGUUUCUUUAUAUGUCGAGCCAAGCUUCAGCCAGCACACUUGAUGUCAGAUCAUUUGUGAAAAGGGCACCACCCUCCACAAGACGAGGCUUGAUAAAUAGCUAUUCAUCUGUUUAAAAAGGCAAAAAAUAUUUCCUUCUCUCUGUCUCUCUCUUGUCACUUUAGAGCACUUUACAAACUGAGCAGUGACGGCAGAAGUGCUUUCUUCAUGUUAGAUAGAUUUAAAUAAAUCAUGUUUCAUUUGCUAUACAUACAUUAGAACUAUUCAAAGUUAAAAUAUCUAUACACCUGUAAUUUUUGAGUAUAUAUGUACAAAUACAUAGCUAUUUUGUAUAUUGUUGCUUAUUUUUUUUGUUUUUGUUUUUUGUUUAAAUGCAAGCAUGUUGGUUUCUGUCACAGACCUCUUUGCAUUCUCAGGUGAAGUCAUUUGUUUUUGCUAUUUUGUUUCUAUUAUUUUACAUUAGGCUAGGACAAGAGGAGAGGUAGAAUCGUUUUUAAUCAGAAACCAUACACAGUCUUUGUUUUUGUAAAAAAAAAACAAAAAAAAGCAUUUGGCAAUUUAACGUGACAUUUUCUUUUGGUUUAUCACUUUCACUCGUAAACAACACACAUACAUACAUAGGAGAACAUGAAUGGCCACAUUUGCUGCUCUGGAGGCCUGUGAGCAUCUACUAGCACAGAUGACAUAUGCACAUUAUUUCAUAUGCACAGGGACUGUCUGUUUGUUACACGGAUUUUAAAAGCAAGCAGGUGGACUCAGUGCUGUCAGAGGCUUGAGAUCAGAGGUUGACCGCUGAACUCCUGGGUGCUACACGGUGAAAAUGUGCCACCAAAGUGAAAAGUCACUGAAAAACAGAGAGGUGACAGUGAGGAGCAUCUCCGUGAUCAGAGCCUUUAUCUAAAAUUAAAAUAAAAUAAAAAAUCCACUGCAUGAAUGGACGCUUGAGAGAUGAAGCCUAUUUAUUUGCUUAAUUGUUACUCUUAAAUCUUUUUGACUAGGUAAAAUCUGAUAAAUAUUCAUUUUUAUAUGUAUUCUACCUGCUUUUUUUUGUGCAAAAUUGAACAGUUUUGUUAGCGGCUCCUAUCAUAAACCUUUUUAUUAUUAUUUUUUGUGUGGUCAUCAUGAGACAAAACAGAAUGCAUUGAAACUGUAACCUUUGAACAGUUAGAACUGAUUUGAUUUUACCGUUAAUAACUUUACUCAGAGGUGGGAAAGUUUGAGAAUUGUUUUUUUUUUUUUUUUUUUUUUUUUUUUGCACACAUUAUGCAUACUUGGGCUCCAAGUUAUAAUCCAACACUUCCUUCUAUUUACCAAAUAGUUAUUGGACUGUUUUUUUUUUUUGUUUGUUUGUUUUUUUCAAUUAAAUGUAGAUAACAUAUAAAAUUCAUAUAUACACACACACACAUAUGUUGGUCCAGAGCACACAGUCCACUUCUCUCUGUCUUGUUGGUUCAGUGCAAGAGUCGUCGUUAAGGCUGAGUGCUUCCAGAAGAGGGCAAAACACACUUCUCCAGGUUGAGCAGAUGAAUUGAUUAGUCUCACCUAUUUAGCAUCGUUAACCUUCUCAAGAAACAACUGUGAGAUUUCUGUCUACGCUGAUUAAUCUGACAAGCAACUCUAAGUUUAUUCAGCUUCUUAACCUUCAGCAAACUCCGAAUGCUUUAAUCACACAUUAAUAUGUUUAUGUGCAAAUUCUUGUGUGUAUGUGUGUGUGUUAAUGACUUUUGAUUGGAUUCGGAACAACUAAAACAAUGUGGGUUUUUUUGUUUUGUUUUUUAAACUGCACCACGUUUCCUUUUGAUUUCGAUCUGUUUUUGUAUUUAUUAUUACAGUAUACGUGUUCAUAGUUUUUCACAUCAGCUGCUCUGUGAGUUUGUAACUGACACCUGUACAUAAGGACAAUAAAGAAUCAAAGUAAUAAACUUGUUGUACCCUUGCAGAAAGCUGAGCAAUAAAACUAUGCUGUUUGGUCCCAACAGCAUUAUGUUUUAUAGAA